GAUGACUCAGAUAUCACACGCGAGAGGAGAGGAGAAGAGAAGGGAUAAACAAGCGCGCACUUCGCUGCUCACAAAUCCACUCUCUGCAAAUUCUUCUCAUUCUUCAUUCUUCAUUCCCAUCUUGUUUUUCAUUUUCCACCCAAUAACCUUUAUUUAUUUAUUUAUUUCUAUUAAAUAUUUGAAUCACGCAAAAGUGAACUCCUUUGGAGGUUGCUCAUUCAUUUCAUCUGAAAAAACCAUCUUUGUUCCUUCACCCAAACAUCAACACCGCAUUUUUCUCUUUCUUGUCCCAGUUCUUUCCAGACAAGAUAUUUGAUCACCGCAAGGUGAAACAUUUCCAAGGUUUCUAUUAAUCUUUGUUUUGAAAAAAAAAAAAAAAGAGAGCGGGGUUGGAAAAAAAAAACAUUAUGGUCGAGUUUGGAACGAGAAUGGGAUCCUUAUGGAUGGUGUUGUUCGGUUUUGCAUCGGUUUUGGCGGUCGUUUCUGCGGAAAGGAGCAUUACGAGAAUGGAAGUGCCGAGAUUCAAUGUUACCCGAGAACGUGAACAGAGUUUUCUCACAAGAGCUGUGAAUUUCUUAUGGCAAUCUGAGGAAUCAGGUUAUCAUCACGUGUGGCCGGAUAUGAAAUUUGGGUGGCAAAUUGUUGUGGGCACUUUUGUUGGGUUUUGUGGUGCUGCGUUUGGAAGUGUAGGUGGUGUUGGCGGAGGUGGCAUAUUCGUUCCUAUGCUUAGCUUAAUCAUUGGAUUUGAUGCAAAAUCAUCAACAGCUAUCUCAAAAUGCAUGAUCAUGGGUGCAGCUGUGUCAACUGUGUACUACAACCUUAAGUUAAGGCAUCCAACGUUGAAUAUGCCAAUCAUCGACUAUGAUUUGGCACUUCUCAUUCAACCAAUGCUCAUGCUUGGCAUCAGCAUUGGAGUGGUUUUCAACGUUGUAUUUCCUGAUUGGAUAGUCACUAUAUUGCUUAUUGUUCUUUUUUUAGGCACAUCAACAAAAGCAUUCUUUAAGGGAGUUGAAACAUGGAAAAAGGAAACCAUAAUGAAAAAGGAGAUCGCAAGGCGACAAGAGUUAAACGGUUCCGGGACUGAAGUGGAGUACAAACCUCUUCCAACUGGACCAAAUAGUGGCACUGAAAAGGACACAAAGAAAAAUAAGGUGACUAUUCUUGAAAAUGUAUACUGGAAGGAAUUUGGACUUCUUGUAUUUGUUUGGGUUUCAUUCCUUGUACUACAGAUUGUCAAGGAAACCUACACGAGUACUUGUUCAACGUUAUAUUGGGUACUGAACUUGUUACAGGUUCCAAUCUCAAUUGGGGUAACUGCAUAUGAGGCAGCUGCAUUGUUCAGUGGACGUAGAGUAAUUGCUUCCACGGGAGAUGAAGGGAAAGAUUUUACUGUUCUUCAGCUAGUGAUCUAUUGUGUCUUUGGUAUACUUGCUGGUUUAGUUGGUGGCUUGUUGGGACUAGGAGGAGGAUUUGUUAUGGGUCCGCUUUUUCUAGAGUUGGGAGUCCCACCUCAGGUGUCAAGUGCCACAGCCACCUUUGCCAUGACCUUUUCCUCAUCUAUGUCUGUUAUAGAAUACUACUUGCUAAAACGUUUUCCAGUCCCUUAUGCUGUUUACUUCACCCUUGUGGCUACUGUUGCUGCAUUCGUUGGACAGCAUAUUGUGAGGAAACUGAUCAUCCUAUUUGGGAGAGCAUCUCUUAUCAUAUUUAUUCUAGCCUCUACAAUAUUUGUCAGUGCAAUCUCAUUAGGUGGAGUUGGCAUUGUAAAUAUGGUACACAAGAUCCAAAAUCAUGAAUACAUGGGCUUUGAGAAUCUCUGCAAGUACGGGUCAUAACACAUUUUGGAAGGUUAUUUUGUCGUAUUCACGUUAUAUUAUUCAUGCUCCGUAGCAAAGCUGAGAACCGAGGUCACCUAAUUUGACUUUUGUUUCUUGGCAAGCCUUGGCUGUUUCAAUCGCGUUUGUUAAAUGUCAUUUAUUUUAUUAUUGCCAAGUCAUGGAGUGAUUUGUAGGGGAAAUUCAGAUGCUGAAUUAUUCCGAAUAUUCAUUGUUUUAGAUGCUGAAUUAUUCUAAAUUUCUGCAAGUACUUGAU